GAGACAGCCCCAUGUUGAUCCCGCUCGGCGCGUGUUAAUACACUGGUGUAAUCCCGAGCAUCGCCUCUUGGGUUUCUAUCAAAUUGCCCCGUGCAGGUCAAUACUUGUCCCUAUUGCGCGUUUUGUGGUCAUAGUUUCUUUCGGUUUAUUUCCUUUAUCUGCCGUCACGUCCAUCUUUUAGUCUUCUUACGGUGCAGGCCACCUAUUCUCUCACUUCACAAUGGAUACUCGCUACCAACCAGAAGGUUUGUCCUUUGGCACAAAGGACAACUUCAGCCCUAAUUUCGAGAAUGGACGAUUCCCUCUCGCUUCCGACCAGCAACAACAAUCCCAAUAUACACCUCAACCACAGCAACUGAGCCAGUAUGGCCUACCUUCGGGUCCUCGUAUGCAGACUCCCCAGCAGCAAGGCCAAUAUGGACUGCCUUCUGGACCUCGUCAAUCCCAGCACUCGCCUCAGUCAAGCCGGGAUGUAAACAACUACUCCCGCUUGUCCAACCCUCAGCAGCAGCAACAGCCACUAGAGCAGCAACAGCAACAGCUACAAUCGAACCAGUACCAGCCUCAACCUGUCGCACCUCAACAGAGCCAGUUCCCAUUCCAGUCUGGAGAGACCACUCGCACCAACACAUGGGCGAACAACACGCCAGCAACGCAAACUCCAGCGCCAAUGUACGCUUCUGACGCAGGCUACUUCCCCGGCCCAGUCGACGCCAAUGGGUACCGUAUCGAUACGAAGGAAAGGCCACAACAGCCAGAGAACCCCUUCAGAGACCCAGCUCUCCAGUCUCCGCCACCAAUGGACGACGUCGAUCUGGAGAAACACAAGCACGACGAUGGCCACUCAGGAUGGGACAAGCACACUAAGAUUCCUGGCAGGAAGGACCCUAAUCAGCCAUAUCUUACCUUUGGAGAGCGAAUCAGGCACUACACAUGGGCGAACUACACCCUGACCAUGGCCACGGGUGGUCUUGGUACGCUCAUCGCUAUCCAGCCCCAUUCCUUCCCUGGUCUUAUCACUAUCGGUGCCGUUUUCUACAUCCUCAACCUCAUGCUGUUUACUGCUGUAACAAUGACCAUGGUUCUUCGUUUUACCAAGUAUGCUGGAUCCUUCAAAGCCUCUAUCACCCACGAACGUGAAGGCCUCUUCCUCGGACCAUUCUUUCUUUCCAUCGCUACGAUCAUUACCGGUACUCAGAAAUACGUCAUAGAAGCUUACGAAGCGGAUCAUCCAAACCGAGCUUGGGCAGUCACCACAAUGGCGGUUGCAUUCUGGGCCUACACUUUCUUCGCUUUCUGUCUGGCUAGCUUCCAAUACUCGUUCCUCUUUUGCCACCAUACAUACAAGCUCACCAGCUUCAUGCCUUCGUGGCUUCUACCUAUCUUCCCUAUCAUGCUUUCGGGUACGAUUGCGUCGACCAUUGCCGCUUCACAGCCUGUGUCUGCCAGAAUGCCGAUUCUGGUUGCAGGACUUGGAUGCCAGGGUCUUGGAUUCACGGUAGCUAUUCUCAUGUACGCGCAUUACAUUGGCCGUCUUAUGCAGGUCGGGUACCCCGAUCGUGAGCAUCGAGGAGCCAUGUUCAUCGCUGUCGGCCCGCCUUCUUUCACCUGCUUGGCUUUGAUUGGUAUGGCCAACGCCCUCCCUGACGACUUCGAUUUGCAGGGAGACGGCCUCGUCGAUGCCAAGCUACUCAGGACUCUGGCUCUAAUUGUCGCGCUUUUCCUUUGGGUAUUGGCUAUGUGGUUCUUCAUGGUCACUCUUAUCGCUGUCAUCAACUCCUGGGCUGUUUACUUCCAUCUCGGAUGGUGGGCUAUGGUCUUCCCCAACACCGGUUUCGUCAUCGCUACCAUCUCCAUUGGCAACUCCCUAAAAGAUGAGACGGUGCUCUAUGUUGGGAACGGUCUUACGAUCGCUGUUAUCACCAUGUGGUUCUUCGUCCUGUUCAAACACGUUCAGGCGGUCUACGUGGCAGAUAUCAUCUAUCCCGGCAUGGACGAAGACAUUGCCGAUCACUAAGCACCAAAAUACAGUGAUCUCGGCACUUUCGCCUCACGCCGUGCGAUCUCUGCUGUCAACUUAUUUUCACGGCGUUUUCUCUUCCGGUCUGAUUCUAUCACUCGUUGUACAACCACGUAUACGCCUCACGUGAGCCAAAAGCAUCACGCUCCUUUAUACCCCAUGUUUUAUCCUCUCUGUUCUCGCCACCGCUUCUUGCCUUCUCCCCUCAGAAGCCGCCAGCAGGUCUCAACGCUUCUGCCCUUAUAG